GUUUGAGCCGCGUUACGGGCCGGGGAGUUGGGCGGUUCUUCGUUUCUACGUCGUGCUACGUCGAGCGGAUCGGACGUUUUAGGCCCUACGUACGGGAAGCGCCAAUUGUGAAGGGUGCUUCGUAUCAUAGACGUUUUGAAUCGGUGAAGAUAGGCAAAUGAAGAGGCGGGUGAGAUUUUCCGAGGACAUUCAGAAGGAUUCUGGCUUCGCUAAACCGGAUCCGUCUGUACCGCGGUUGCCAAUCAGUCCUAUAGGAAGGCAAAGAAACCCUUAUUCUAUCAUCCGAGAGGAUGAGCGCAGCUCAAAUGUCAGGGAACUUCAGAGGUUUCGAGAGGAACACUGGCAGGAUUGUCAUGCCGUUCCUUUGGGUUGUCAUGCUGGUGAUCUCGACCUUGACCAUCACACCUAUGCUGCAAUUCAAAAUAGGGUUCAAGAGUGAGUACACACAGGACACGGAAUUCUACGAGGAUGCCAUGGAAAAGUUGGUUCUUCAAUGGGACAAAUGUCUCAACAUGGGUGGUGACUGUGGAGAAGUGGUGCAGGAUGGUUUCCCUCGCUUCGUCAGUGCAUUUGCCCUCAAGGAUAAGUCAAAAGAGGAGCUAGCAAAUGCUAUGGAGAGGAUUUUCCGAGAGAUACCCGGCUACAAAAAACUACACGUUGACCACGGUCGAGAGUUUUACAAUAGGACCAUGGAUGCUCUUUUGAACAAGUAUCGAAUUGAACGGUAUACGGCUGAAGAUCGAUACUUGCAGAGAGAGCUAAUCUAA